AGUAAAUAACAGCACCAUGAUGUCUCUGCGAGGGCUGAUGAUGUUGGUAGUGGUGUUGACUGUGGUUGGAGUGGUGAUAGCCUACCCUGAUCCCUCUGCAGGAUAUCGCCGUAAAUUUGGCGGAGGUGGAUUUAGUGGUGGUGGACUUGGUGGGUUUGGUGGUGGUGGACUUGGUGGGUUUGGUGGUGGUGGACUUGGUGGAUUUGGUGGCGGUGGACUUGGCGGUGGACUUGGCGGUGGACUUGGCGGUGGAUUUGGUGGAGGUGGACUUGGCGGUGGCUUUGGUGGUAAAUUCGGAGGCCUUGGUGGAGGUCGUGGUGGCUACCAUGGGUAG